UCAUAGAAUGCGUCUACCAAUUCCAAGUCUGACAGGACUUUUCAUAACAAAAAGGGUUAUUUCUGAGAAUGCAUACAUCGUACACGGACUACGCUUUUCUCACAUUUUAGGAAUGUCAGCCGGAGGUUGGGGUUCAGGCUCAGACUGGAAAGACAGAAGGGGUGAGGAUCGUUGGCAUGGCAACAGUGGUCGUCGGGGCAGGAAAGGUUACCAUGGAAAUAGAGGCAUCCACAGGGGAAAACGCGGAAAUUGGGAUGGUCAGGAGAGAGAAGGAGCAGAUAAUGCACAAUCUGAUGGCGCAUCAUAUCAAGGGGAGUGGGACACUCCGUCCCGUGGUAGAGGACGGGGCAGGGGAUCCUCAGGGCAUGGCGGAAGACCCCCUGGACUGAGGGGAAAGGACAUUGGGAUGUUUUAUGCUCAGAAAUCUAGGGCAAAAAAAGAACAAAUGAUCAAGGAACAGAGGGCCGAAGUCACCUUGGAAGGAGACCAGAGACGCUCCAUCACAAGACUAUUGGACGAUAUACGCUCCAGUCGUGACUGCCCCCCACAGCCUGACAGAUACAACGAACAUGCUAGGGAAACUAUAGCAGAAGAUAUGGAAGCAUCUUCUUCAACAGCAUACGAUGCAAGAGGUAUGAGCAGUGAUGGUGAAGAUGAGGCCAUUGUUCCUAUGGUUACUGAGGUCUUGCAGUACAACGAGGAGGAGGGUCUUUUUCUACAGGAAGAGGAAAAUCUUUCAGAGAUAGUGAGCGAGGCGUUUGACAGAAAACAGUGGCAGAACUCCAGUAUAUCGGAGGACUUUGCCAAGAAACAACAGACUCGUGCUUACCAGGACAUGCAGAAAUUCAGAGAGAAACUGCCCGCGUUUGCCAAUCGACAGGCAAUAGUGGACAUGAUUUCACAAAACCAGGUUGUGGUGCUGAGUGGGGAGACAGGUUGUGGCAAAACUACUCAAGUUCCCCAGUUUAUCUUGGAUGACUACAUUGCACAAGGUCGUGGCGCUGAGUGCCGCAUUAUUUGUACACAACCUCGAAGGAUCAGCGCUAUAUCGGUUGCUGAAAGAGUAGCAUCUGAAAGGGGCGAGGGUUGUGGGGACUCGGCUGGCUACAUGAUACGGCUCGAACACAAGCUGCCUAGGGACCAUGGCUCUAUUUUGUUCUGUACCACCGGAAUUCUCCUGAAAAUGUUGGAGGGAGAUAAAUUGCUAUCGAGAGCCACUCACAUUAUUUUAGACGAGAUUCACGAGCGAGACUUGCUGUCUGAUUUCCUCAUAAUUGUGCUGAAGGACAUUUUGGCCAAGAGACCGGACCUUAAACUGGUCCUCAUGAGUGCUACACUGAAUGCUGAUGCUUUCUCCAAAUAUUAUGACAACUGUCCCAUGAUCAACAUACCUGGCUUCACCUACCCCGUGGAGGAAUGUCUUCUGGAAGACGUCAUCGAGAUGCUACAUUAUCAGGUACCAAAGACAAUGAUUGCUAGGCAGCCCAAAAGGCGGGAUUUCAAAGCCCAGCAGGAGAGAGAAGAUAUAGGGGUGUGGCUUAGAAAUCUUGAAGGCGGAGUCAACAUAGAUAAAAGGUAUUCUCGCAAUACAAUCAACCAGCUACAACAGCUGGACAUGAACAAAGUGGACACGGAGCUUGUUUAUCAGCUCAUUCGAUACAUCUCACUCUCUAAAUCGGAUGGUGCUAUUCUGGCGUUUGUACCUGGAUGGGGCGAAAUCAAUGAGGUCUACAAGAAGUUGAAGGCUGACAGUGUGUUCAAUCCAUCCUCGUAUGUGAUAGUCCCACUUCACUCCCUCAUGCCAACUGUAAACCAGAGGGAGGUAUUCUCUCGUCCCCCUCCUGGAGUUAGAAAGAUCAUCAUAGCAACUAACAUUGCUGAAACCAGUAUCACCAUAGAUGAUGUGGUGUAUGUGAUAGAUGGGGGUCGUAUCAAGGUUAAGGGAUUCUCUCCGGAGACCAACAUGUCUUCUCUGGAUUCUGAGCUCGUAUCAAAGGCCAAUUCUAGACAGCGCAGAGGAAGAGCAGGAAGGGUACAGCCAGGUGAGUGUUAUCACCUGUAUUCUGGCUACCAUCAGUCUAUAAUGGCGGACUACCUACCCCCGGAGAUUCUACGGACAAGGUUGGAGGAGCUUUGUCUUACCAUAAAGCUAUUGAACCUUGGUAAGAUUAUGCCGUUUGUGCAGAAAGCAAUCCAGCCCCCAUCACUGGCCGCUGUGCAAAGUGCGAUUGUGAACCUACAACAACUGAAUGCCUUGGACAAGGAUGAGAAUCUCCUGCCCCUGGGGAAGCACCUGUCCAGGAUGCCCCUGGACCCCCACACGGGCAAGAUGAUCCUAUAUGGAGCCAUGUUUAAGUGCCUGGACCCAAUUCUCACCAUCGCUGCCAGUCUCUCCUUUAAGGACCCAUUUUAUGCCCCCCUGGAGAAAAAGGCUGAGGCAGACAAGGCUCGUAUGGGUCUGGCGGAGAACUGUCUGAGUGAUCACAUCACCCUGGUCAAGGCAUUUGAUGGUUGGGAUAGAGCAAGACAGAGGGGAACCCACAGGAAAUUCUGCUUUGACAACUUUCUGUCAGAAUCAACACUUAUGAUGUUGAAGAAGAUGCGUGAACAACUGGCAGACGUUCUGUACGAACUCGGGUUCCUAGAGAGUAAACUCCCCAAGCAAGCAGAGGCUAACAUGCACUCUAAAAACAAUGCUCUAGUGAAGGCAAUAGUUUGUGCAGGCCUGUACCCAAACAUCGGCAGAAUUGACAAGAUACCAAAAAAUAAGUGGAGUCAAAUAAAGUUUCGUCUGAAAGAAGGUCAAUGUAAGCUGUUCCCGGGCUCCGUUGCCAAGGCUGUCAGUGACCCUAGAGCAUGCUGGGUAGUUUACCACAAGAUCAUGAAGACCUCAGAUGUAUGGAUGUAUGACUGUAGUCUGGUUUCCCCAUACAGUUUGCUGUUCUUUGGAGGUGACAUCAAAUGUAGUAUGGAGGGAGGUCAGAACCUGGUAUGUGUGGAUGACUGGAUCAAGUUCAAGGCCUCUCCGGACACUGUACAGCUCGUGAAGGAACUUCGUCAAGAACUGGACAAUAUUUUGGAAGAAAGGUUUUCCCGCGGGAGUCGAAAAGUUUCCCAUGGGCAAAAAAGCAAAGAAGAAGCAGUGAUGCAGGCGAUCUCAAGUCUCGUUACAUCAGAGGAUAAGAUUGAAAAAGGGGGCGAUUACUUAAGGGAUGACAGACAUUCGGGAAAUAGAGGGCAUCUUGGAGAUAAAUCGGACAGGAGAAAUUCAGUGGGUGGGGCAAGCGGAAGAGAUGAUAGUUAUUUUGCAAGGGGGAAACGUGAAAGGGAUCAUCGGUACUUUUAUGAUGAUGAAGAUGAUUAGGUGUGCAAAUAUGUUUAGUGGAGUGGGGGGAAUGUAAAACAUUGGUAAAUCUGUUUGUACUAUUGUUUUGAUGUCAGAUAUAAAAUCAUGAGAAACAAUCUUUG